AUGGCUAGCAGCAGCAGCAGCAGCAGCAGCAUGGACAUGGACCCAGAUGUUGCCCGUAAUCUGUUCGUUGAAGGUGCUACCCUGGUCCUGCUGGGGGUCCCGAGGGGCACGGAGCUGGGCAUUGACUGUAAGAGCUGGCAGGUGGGUCCGAAGUUCCGCGGAGUGAAGAUGAUUCCCCCAGGCCUCCACUUUCUCCACUACUCCUCAGUCAAUUCACCCAGCUGUGGCAACGAGAUAGGACCAAAGACUGGCCGUUUUCUCACGCUAAAACAGCGGGAGAUCCUCUUGGCGAAUUGGGAUGCUAAGGAGGAGGAUUUGGACUUUUCGGCGUCUCAGAAUGAGGAUGAGGUGAGUAAGAUUAGGGAGAAUCUACAGGAGCUGGACCCGCAUCUGGGCCCAUAUCCGUACGACGUGCUGAGGAAAUGGGUUUCUCUCACUGAUCGCAUCAAUGAAGAGGUGGCCACCAAGCUGCAGCCUCUCUCAGGUAGAGUUUGUGCCUUCAGUGACGUGAUCCCAGAGGUGCAGCUCACUCACACCAAAGACCGAGCCGAGCAGCCCAGGAACGACACGGCGUGCCAGAGCAUGAGGGAGGGGCUGGACCGACUGCCCAAGAUGAAGCUCCGAGAAGGGACCGAGUUACGCUUCUCCACGGUUCCCAACAAGACCUACCCCCCAGGAGCCACGCCAGCAGAGAUCACACAGUGCAGCCUGGACCACAGCUACGCCCUGGACAUUUUUCUGGAGAAACACUAUCAAGCACAACCUCUCAACCUAUUAGGAGAGCUCCAGUUCGCCUUUGUGUGCUUCAUUCUGGGAAACGUCUACGAGGGGUUUGAACACUGGAAGAGCCUGCUGGGUCUGCUGUGCCGCUCCGAGGACGCCAUGAGGAAGCGCAAAGACUUGUAUCUGGGCCUCAUCGCUGUGCUCUACCACCAGCUCGGCGAAAUCCCACCAGACUUCUUUGUCGACAUUGUGUCUCAGAAUAACUUCCUCACGUCAACUCUGCAGGACUUCUUCCAAUUUGCUUCGGGACCUGGAGUAGACGGAAUGCUGCGGAAAAGAGCGGAGAAGUUCAAAGCUCAUUUGACCAAAAAGUUUCGAUGGGACUUUGACGCCGACCUGGACGACUGCGCUCCUGUGGUUGUGGAUCUGCCUGAAGGAUUCACUGUCAACUGA